UAGUUGUUUUUGAGUACGUAGCAGCUCAGUUGCCUUAACAUACAGUCGUAUUUCUAAACCGUUAAAUAAACUAAUAUCGUUAGAAGUUUAAUUCACAAGUUGUUACAGACCUCAAGCUACUUAGCUAUAAACGACCUGGUUUAACGCCGUUAACGUAAUUAAGACGCAACCGUAACUUGCUGCCAAACUUGCUUGAACCGUUAGCUUAGCCACAUGAGACUGAACAUUUCACCGAACCGCAAUCCAAAAUUGGACAAUUUAAUGUUUCCUUGGUCGUUUGGGAAUCUACGUAUCUGUCACCACCUGGUUUAUACUUGUAUCUAAAUUAACUGAAGCCGCUCUUCAACUCGGCUUUGACAGAAGUCACAGAGAAGGACACAGUUUAAAGAUAUACACUUUUUAUUAUUAUUUCCAGCAGUUUAUAUGGAUGAAAUGUUCAAAUACUGACUACAAGGGUAGACAAGCUGGUCCGACAACAUGCGAAAAAGGAGUGAGAAUGGCAAGCCUGUGGAGAUCCUACCAAGUGUUGAUGACCAAACGCCCCUGGACAGUGCAGUUAGUAACUGCUGGGUCUCUAGUGGGUGUUGGCGAUGUCAUCUCCCAGCAGGUGUUUGAGAGAAGAGGAUUGGCUCAUCACAACGUGCAGCGGACAGCCAAGAUGAUGAGCAUUGGUUUCUUCUUUGUGGGUCCAGUAGUCGGCAGUUGGUACAAAGUUUUGGACCGGCUGGUGGUUGGAGGAACUAAAAGUGCUGCCAUGAAGAAAAUGCUGGUUGACCAGUUGUUUUUCGCUCCGUGUUUCCUGGGAGCCUUUCUUGGUAUCUCCGGUGCUCUGAACGGACUGACGGUGGAGGAGAACGUCACUAAGCUCAAGAGGGAUUACACGGAUGCCCUGAUCUCAAAUUACUACCUAUGGCCUGCAGUCCAGAUCGCCAAUUUCUACUUCAUUCCUCUACAACACAGGUUGGCUGUUGUCCAGAUUGUUGCUGUUGCUUGGAACUCCUACCUGACCUGGAAGGCCAAUAAGAUGUGACCAAUGAUCACAAGUCCGGCCUGUGAUGAUGAUGAUGAUAAUUUUACACUCAUUUGUAGUGUGUGUGUGUUUGUGUGUGUGACACGGGCCGUUCUGGUCUAACAUACUUCUUCUGAUAUUUCCAAUGUGUAAAACUGUGACUGACUCACUUAUAAAGGUCGGGAGAAAGUGCUCGUCUACUCUGAAUGACAAAUUCACACUUGAAAGUCAAACUUGCGUUUGCAUAAAUGUCUUUUUGAAAGUUUGUUAUUUAUGGAAAUGAGAUUUGGCAGUGGUGCCGCAGUGUAGCCACACAUACACACACACACACACACACACACACAGACUCACACACAUUAAAUUAACACCAAAUAGUUGCAAAGGAAACUUUUCUAAUCCAUUUAAUGUAUUGUUAAUCACAUGAAAUAAUAGUGUUAAAGGAGAAUUAUAUUACAGGUAAAUAGAAUCAUGUUUUGUCUCAUAAAGAAGGAAGUGUUCCCCUCAGAUUCUCUUCAUACUGUUGAUUGUCAUCUCAUUAGUCUCUUUUAUCAGAUAUUUUCAAAAUGCUCCAAAAUUUGUAAUAAUGUAUUGUAAUUUAUAUAUUUUAUCUUCACCUGCCUCACCUAUGUGCUUCUACUACUACUACUACUAUCAGUUGCAGGAUGCGAUGCAUUCUGGUCUAUUGAGGCUUCUGGGUGAAGUAACCUGAUGUUAAAAUAAUAGUUUGACAUUUUUGGAAAUACACUUAUUCACUUUCUUGCUGAGAGUGAGAGGAUACCACUCUCGUAUCUGUACAGUAAAUGAACGUACACCUAGCAGCUGCUUAGCUUAGCACAAAGACUGAAAAUGGGGGUAAACAGAUAGCCUGGCUCUGUCUGAAGGUAACAAAAUCUGUAUACCAGCACCUCUAAAGCUCACUGAUUAAAAUGUUGUAUCACGUUUGUUCGAUCUGUACAUAAGCCAAAGUGUAAAAAUGACAAGUUGCUGUUUUAACUUUAGCUAAUUUUGUUACCUUUGGACACAGGCUAGCUGUUUACUUUUAGUCUUUGUGCUAAGCUAAGCGAACUGGCUUCUGGAUCUAGUUUUUUAUUUACCGUACGGACCUGACAGUGGUAUCAAUGUCGUCUUACUCGCAGCAAAACAUCAGGGUUAUCACUACUGUCAAACUAUUCCCUUAAUCGGUCAAUGUCAUUGAAAUAUUUUCUGUUAAACUGCAUUGUACUAAACAACAAAACAGACCCCUGAAUCCAUCGGUGCAUCGACGACCGCUGCUAAAGUGUAAAUUGUUCCUCUUAUUUUUCAAUGUACAUGGAAUCUUUAUACUCAAAAUGUGCACAUUUUAAAUAACAAAGGCCACCCGUGUAAUGUUAACUAUUAAAGUUUGACAUGAGGUGG